UUCGUUCCGAGUGCAAUACUUUUGUAUGCCGUUCACAAAAAUCAAUAUUUACACAUUAUAAUCACCUUUGAUCUUCGUGAACCCAAUUGGUGAUAUAUGGGAUUAAAUCAAGAAUUGUAGCUAAAGAACCGAAGCUGAAUGUUUCUUUUCGCCAAUGUUUCUUCCGGACACUUGUCCAUCAUGCACUAGUCGUGCUUGUCGCCCUUUUCGUCUCAUCCUCAUUUAACCAGGGGGCUCAUUUACAGUUUUUGGCAAAGUGAUUUCAAUUAUUUCUGAGCAAAAUGCCUAAAAAGAAAACCGGUGCCCGUAAGAAGGCUGAGAGUCGCAAGGAAAGAGAGAAGCAGACUCGAGCCAAUCGGGACCAUAUCGACGUAGCCAAACACCCGUGCAAUUUUGCAAUGGAAUGUGACAAAUGCAACAGGAGACAGAAGAACAGAGCUUUCUGCUACUUUUGUUCUUCAGUGCAGAAGCUUCCUAUGUGUGCCCAAUGUGGAAAAACCAAAUGCAUGAAAUCAUCAGAUUGUGUCAUAAGACAUCCUGGGAUUCACAGCACUGGGAUGGGGAUGGUGGGGGCGGUGUGCGAUUUCUGUGAAGCUUGGGUGUGCCAUGGGAGGAAGUGUCUGAGUACACAUGCUUGUGUAUGCCCACUGACCGAUGCAGAGUGCAUCGAAUGUGAUCGCAAUGUCUGGGAACAUGGUGGGCGUCUGUUCCGCUGUUCGUUCUGUAUGAAUUUCCUUUGUGAGGAUGAUCAGUUUGAGCACCAGGCUAGUUGCCAAAUCCUUGAGGCAGAAACAUACAAAUGCGUUUCCUGCAACCGACUGGGGCAACACUCUUGCCUACGUUGUAAGGCCUGUUACUGUGACGACCAUGCCCGGAGCAAGGUGUUCAAACAGGAGAAGGGUAAAGGGCCACCGUGUCCUAAAUGUGGCCAUGAGACCCAGGAGACAAAAGACCUCAGCAUGUCCAGUAAGUCGCUCAUAGACUGCAUUUGUGGAUCAUUGUAUUGGAAGGGUCACCGUUCAUUGAUUGCCCGGUUUAGUUUCUUCUCAAUGCGUGUGUCCUUACAGCCAUAAAGCAGGCAGUGGUUGGGUAGCGUGCUCAAAAAUAGUUCGUUCUAAAUCUAGAACCUUCAGCUGGAGGUCCCAACAUCCUAGCCACUAGCCCAGACCUGGGCAUAGUGGCUAGGAUGUUGAAAAUAUGGUAACGAAACAUAGUUCCUUUUUCAAUUUGGUGCCACGUUACUUUUCCCAGGGACAGAUUUGACAGCGAUACGGCCUUCUCAGGCAGUAUGCUAUUGCACAAUAAGCGCUCCUUUGUGCUUGCGUAAUAGUCUCAUUCCACACCGUGCGAGACAGACGCUGGUAGCGUGAAGCUGUCUCUGCAAUCAGACAUUGCUUCCGCAGGCAUUUUGAAAGCGACAAAAUGGCAGCAGUGGCACGAGAUAACAAACGCCGUCACUGUAUACCUGUGUAAGGACAUGGUUCCCUUUCAAAAUGUCGAUAGAAAGGGCUUUAAAGAGAUGGUCAAAACACUCAAACCCAGGUACGCGUUACCUGCCAGCACACACUUCAGCCAAAUUGAGAUGCCAAAACAAUAUGGCAAGGUCCGCAAGCAAGUGGAGAAACAAAUCCAUACUAUUAAACAUUAGUGUUUUUCCAGAGAUAGAGGUAACUAACUGUUUUUAUUCAGUUUUGCUGCUAAACCAGUAUUUUACCCCUUCAGAGGCAUUUCUAUCAAAAUUAGAAGAUAAAAUGUACAUACCUUGAUAUAAUACCGUUACCGUCUAUGCCUCAAAUCAUACCGUGAUAUUAGGGGUGUAACGGUACACAAAAGUCACGGUUCGGUUACGGUACGUACCUCGGUUUUUAAGUCACGGUAUGGUACGGUUCAUAGUUAAGGGGCAAAUUAAAAAAAAAACUGCUUGUUUGUCAACAACGGAGAAUGGCCGUAGAUCAGCAGCAAUGAAAACACAAAUAAACUUGGUUUUGGCAUUUGCAUUUCUGAAUUCCAAGACAGGGGUUGUUGAAAUAGUGUCGUGAGCUGGGUUUGCACAUCUCGUUUUUCUUUCACAGCAACAGUGAUAGUAACUCCUGGAUGGUGCCUUUUCAAAUGCGUGUGCUAGCGAUGUGCAUUUCUGGCAAAAAUACUAUUCGAUAUUCGCUGAGACGUAUUCGAAUAAUAUUCAAAAAACGCUCAAUCGAGAGCCCCCCACGCACGCACACACCUCGGAUACACGCACACACAAUGACACGGGGAGAGGCUUUUAUGAUUUGUAUGAAAUCAAUCUGUUUAUUUCAACAACUGCGCCAUCAACAUUCAACAUCCAAAUUAUUUCAACGUGGGCUUAGGCAGAUAGUAGCGAUCCGAAAACAAACGGAUCGCUAUUUAUUUAUUUAUUUGUUUUACUGAACACAGCCUGCAUGACGGUUAACUAGACACGUUAAAAAUAUAUAACUUCACACGGUGUGUCUUUUUACAAUUUAUUUGAACCAGCAAUUCGUAGUGUUGAUCAGCAGAGAAAUAGUCAGCCAAAGACCUUGACGUCGCUUAGCAACCGAGGACGCUAUUCACCACCGGAAGUUGUGAAGGCCCAUGCAAGUCAACGGAGCGUUCAACAGCAUUGAGAAGAGCCGUAAUAAAUAACGAUAGUCACGUUCUUUAUUCGAUAUUCUACGUGACUCCGACAUUCGACGAUCGUUGCCCAUCCCUAGCGUGUGCAUGUUAAAGUGCUGUACGUUGACACGGAGGGCCCUCUCCAUAGCCGGAGAGCCUCCAAUAUUUUUUAACUAUACGUCGACGCCAUGGACCUAUUGGUCCACGCAACGGAGGCAUAAUUGCCCACCCCUGCACCAAACUAUACUGAAUGUAUCUAGCGUGUAAAGCUCAAGAGAGAGAGAACAUCUCGAUGAUAUAAUGUCACGACCAUAUAGUUGCCUCGACGACGAGCCCGACGGCUCACCUAUAUUCACCUAUCCCAGCUCCCUGCAGUGAGCACAUCCGUUGUAGUGUUGGCUCGUUCGUUCGCGAACCGGUUCGAAUGACCGAGUCUUUAGGACGAACGAACUGAACCGGUUCGUCUCCCUCGUUCGUUCGGUCGUCUCGUUCACCAUUCGAUUCGCUGGAAACUCGACUGAACGAACAAACGAGUUUCCGGUAGCACUAACUCCCCUGAGUCUGACUGACUCAGCUGAGAACCGUGCAAUGGCGUGCAUUCCAUGAUGCGAUUCACCGUUACCGGAAACUAGGCUGAAUCGCGAACGACUCCUCCACGUUCAGUCGAGUUUCCGGUGAAUC